UUUUUUUUUACAUAUUAUUAUUAUUUCCCUCCACUCCAAUCUCCAUCUCCUGCCCCUUCGUCAACUUGCUCUCUCUGAAUCUGGCUAAUUCUUCAUCAACUUUACAUUAACUCGACUCACUUGAACAGGCUCUCAUUCUUUAAACUCUCUUUUCAUUCAUAAUGGCCGACGUGGAUGAAUUCCCUCAGAACGACGAGGCGGCCAAGAGGUUCAAGAGUGGGCCGAAAAGAAAACAGCCUGGCACUGUCAUACUACCACCUGCAUCCUCUUCUUCUGGCUCCUCUUCCUUUUCUUAUUCUUUAUCCACACAGCAACCAAUAUUAACCCAUAAUACACCCGCCUCAUCAGCUAUUGAGACAUUAUCAAGCACAUCCUGGGGAGCUUCUACUACGGACCAUCCUAACAUCUCUGGUACUUCAAGCAUGGUUUAUCAACAACCCAGAUCAAUACAGCAUCAUACUUUACCUGCUCAACCUCUCCAGCUUGAUAGCUCCAGUUUCCAACAUCUUUCAAACGGCAAUAGCAUCGGCAGCGCAGCUAGUCAUGACAGCAAGAAAACGACCGUUUCUGAUGGGCUUCGGUCACCAGUGAAUGAAUCUUCCUCCACUCGACAUGUUCGAAACAGCAGCAGUUUCCUGGACCUUCCUACACCAAAAACUGUUAAUAUUGUUGAUCACUCCAGCGCAGAAGACUUGGAGGCUCUCACAACGAUGCUCGCUGAAACGACACUUAAUAGUCUCUCCUACUAUGGUCCAAAUGCAGCGAUGGUUGCAACUGUAUUCAAUGAUGAGGAUUUAUGGGGACCUCAACUUGGUGCUGGGAAUACUGAGAGUGAUGUCCUCGUUCCUGAAGAGUUGCAGAUCCUUCCUGAUGCAGCAACGCGAGAUCAUUUGAUAGCGCUCUACUAUAAGAACCACUAUUGUAGUUUGCCAAUGGUUCAACGUGAAGUACUCCGAGUCUGUCAGGAAAACAUUCAUAUUCCACAUUGUCUGCUGUUGUGUAAUGCCGUCUAUUACUGUGGAUCUAUGUACUCUGCAAACGCGCACAUGCUUCGGAAAGACAUGAAUGAUGAGAGCACUGUAGGCGAGGAAUUUUUUUCACGGGGACAAGCAUUGCUAGAGAAAAAGUAUCUGACAACACAUCUGUGUACUAUUCAAGCCUUACUACUUUUUGCUAUUGGAUUUAAAUCGCCUGCACAACGGUUGGCUUUUAUCAGUCAAGCAAUCACGAUGGCUUUAGAUAUGGGCCUUCAUACGCGACUUGAUGAGAGUAUACAUCCUUUUGUUCGUGCUUAUAGGGCACGAGUCUUUUGGUGUUGCUAUUUAUUUGACUCGACAGCAUCAGCAGUCAAUGGAAAGCCAGGUCUUAUCAAUGAUGACGAAAUUAGUGUGGAAAUGUUCCAGGCAGGCGAUUUGGGGCCCGAAUCAGAGACCUUUUCGGACCAAUAUCUUAUUCACUGUUUACAUGGAUGGCAACUUUGCCGCAAGAUCCGUAAAAACUCCAAGCUGAUUGUUCGACAACCACCACCUGAUCGCUCACUUCUACUUGACAACCUCGCGCGACUUGACAAUGAAUUGGUGGAAUGGCAGCGAAAUUUACCAAAGCCUUUUGAUUUCCAACCCAUAGAUGGCUGUAUAAUUUCCAAAAUUUCCUCAUUAGCGGCUUGUGCGCAAUUGCUCUGCUAUGCGCUAAUCAUUUUGCUUCAUCACCCAUACUUGCCCAAUCCCAAGAGCCCAGAUGCAUUCCAGCCACCAGCACCAGGGAUGCCAGAUUCUCAAGGUUAUUGUACGCAGGCAGCUAAAGAGAUCACUAAAAUUGCGGGGAUUCUGCUGAGGGAAGCACCAAGGACCUUUGAACAGAACACACCAGCACGCUACGCUCUCAACUUUGCGAUUCGAAUUCAUCUUAGAAACUCGAAAUGCAUCGCUGACACAGCUCUCGCCAAAGAUUCCAGACGGGAUUUACAAAAGACUAUGGACUAUAUUGAGCAUGUAGAGAAUCUCCAAUUUUUCCGUAUCAACCGCGGUAAAAAGUCUGAUGUUGCAGAUCUGCUGGCGUCCUGCCGAGCAGCACUGGCGCAACAAAAAUCAAGUCUAGAUCUUGCUAAAGAAGCGGCGGCAAUAAAGCAUCGACAAAUGCUGAAAGAAAAAGAAGCUCUGAAAAUGAAUCAAACGAGACAGCAAGCUCAGAAACAUGAUGCUUCAGUUCAGCCACCUGUCCUUGCGUCGCAGCCAUUUCCAACAUUUGAGCCAGUAUUCGAUACAUCCCCUUCACCAUCUCAGAUUGUACGGUCAAUGCAGGAAGCACAACAGCACAAAAACAUUCAGCAACAAUCAUAUAAACAACAUGAGCUCCAUGUCCAAAUGUAUACCCAGGAGCGCAAUCAACAGGAGCUUGCAAAGCUGAAUCAGCUUCAACGCCAAGGCCAGCUCGAUUUGGACCACCAGCGCCAAGAAUAUUUUCAGCAACUUGCUAUGGCGAAGCAUAAACAGCAAAUCUUUAUGCAGCAUCAACACCAUUUUCACCAUCCACAUGUGUAUAGGCCACAACCUCAUCAACCGCAUUUACAGCAACGUACUCCGGAGCAGCAGACACCACAUCUUCCCAUCACACACUCACAUCGACAGCAACAAAACUUGCCUAGGAACAUCAUACAGGCAGCAAUGUCUCAAGCUUCAGCACUUGAUUCGAAUCAAAUCGGAUUAACACCGUUUGUAGGUGUAGGUAGUGGUGUCCAUAAUGUUGACAACAACCUCAAUCAUGCCAGUAGCAACAGCAAUAACAAUAUCAAUAACAAUGGUAAUAACAAUGACAAUAGCAAUAACAAUGGCAAUGGCAAUAUUAAUGGCGAUAUCAGCAGUAAUGGUCUUAACAAUAACAUUAUCCACAAUAAUAACAUCAGCACUCAAAACUAUGGAUCAAAUAUGUUACCGUUAUUGAAUGUCCAGGACCCUUCAGUCUUUGCCAAGCUCUCACCGGAACAACAACAACAACUCUUUGUGGCUUUCAGUCAGAGCCUCAUUAAUCAAGGCAACAUUUUAUUUCCUCAGCAGGGACCUGUGGACUUUGAUGGAAAAUCAGGUCAAGGAGCAUAUUCGAGCCAGAGAACAUCCAUGUUGGAGUUUGGUGGUUUGAUGUCUAACAUUUAUCCUUCGAGCCUGCCUCUGUCUGAUGUAAGCCACAUUGACGCAAAUACCUUUACAAGUGUUGCGCUCAUGAAUAAUACUGCCACCAUCAGCAGCAACAACAGCAGGAUAGGCUUGGAUGGAUGUGUAAAUGACGGAGUAUCUAUUACUCCGCAAAGUAUGCAAAAUCAAUCUCAAUCUCUAUCUCAGCUACAAGCUCAAGUUCAACAACAGCAGCAACAGAAUUCAACAUACAACAAGAGCGCUGUUGGCGUUGGGGAAGGCCACUCUCACAGCUACAAUCACAACAACAGCAACAUCAUCAACAAUACCAUUAGUCUAAGCGAUACAAAUGGAGGUAGCAGGAGUAAUAGAUUUGGCUCACCGGAAUCAAUAUCUUCACCAGGAGGUUCUAUUUCUGAGGAAUCCAUAUUGAAAUCAUGGUCCAUCUCGACUCUACACGAUAACAUUUUCUUGGAUCCAAACAUUGCGCGUGAUGAUCCUAGGAAUGAUCUGGGCUCGUUUAUGUAUCUGCCGAGUGAGUUUGAAUAUGGUGACGCGGCUGCACUGUCUCCAAGCCUAUCCAGUACUAGUGGUAGCGGUAAUGGCAACUAAAUGAGAUAAAUAGGGGUGCUGACUGACUGGCUCAGCUUGCUAUGGGAAGGGUUCGUGAUUCAUGUAUAAAUAUCAUAAAUAAAGGAUAGACUUUGAG